AUCUAUUGACAGUUGUUCUUUAAAAUGUCAUAAUAUUUUAGAUCAUAUUUAACAAAUUGACAGUUGACAUUGCCAUUAGGUUCUCUGUAAUUUUAAAUUAAGUUAUUCAUCAGUAUUUAUAAAAUAAUAAUAAUAACUAAUAAUCAAUUUAUAUCAUAAAUGUGUGCGUAAAUCAAGGCGAUAACAUACAACUUUAUUUUAAAACUUAUUUUUAUUAUUAUAUUUAGAUUGAAUAAUAGGAUAUGUAAUAACUAAUGUACACAGUUAACGCAAAUUUCAAAAUCAUAAUUAUGCUUAUUAAAUAGAUUUACUGUUCACAUAAAAAUGCAACAAUUUCAAAAAGAUUUUAGUUCUAUUAUUUUAGAUGAAAUAGCACUUGAAGGAUUAGAUGGAAUUACUAUUGAAGCUUUAUGCAAGAGGUUGUUGAACAAUUUUGAUUGGCCACUGAAACCUAUAGACGAUUCAGUUAAAAAAAUUAUUUGGUCAUUUGUAGUUUGUCUGAAAGAUGUGGAAUUUUAUAGACUUAAAACGCCUAGAGAUCCUUUAAUAAUAUUUAAUCGAUAUGAUUAUAUUCACAGCGAAUUUGGUUCACUAUAUGAGCCGAAAAAUAUACCUAAAGAUAUUUAUCCAAACCAUCCUGUUGAAGAUGGCCUUAUUAUGGGAUCAUGUAAAGAUUAUUUCACAAGGUUCAAUUUGGGAUCAUUUCCUAGAAAGAUAUCGGUGGAAGAAGCAGAAAAACGGUGGGGCAGAUGCUUAGUUAUAGUAGCCAAACAGGAAGUACGCACUAAAAUUUUAAUACCAGAAGAUAAACGUACCAAUACAUAUAUAUCAAUACGUUAUUAUUUAAUAUUGGAAAGAAUCGGCCGUUCACGAUAUUUGGGAGAAGGUUCUUUUGGUACAAAUUCAUUGAGGACUGUUUUUCCUGAUUCCAAAGUAUUAUCUUAUAUAAGAAAUCGAUUAUGUGAUUAUGGUUUGAUUAAAAAUCAAGCUCUUGCUUUUGCCGGAGGCAGUAAUCAAGUGGCAAACCGUAUUGUUAUUUCGAGUUUGGAAAAAUUCUUUGUUAAAAGACAAACUACUAUUGAUGUCAUAGUAUCAAAAAUAGUAGAUUAUUUAAAAACACAACCAAAUUCAUUAGCUUCAUAUGAUCAAAUAAAAGCUGUAUGCAAUAUCAAAUUAUCAAAAACAUUUAAACAACCUCAGGUCAAAAAAUGUUGUGAUACUAACGUAAUUCUCAAAUAUCGUGAUUUGUAUCCAAAUGCAACUGAAAGUGAAUAUUUAUAUAAAAAGGAACCUAGAAAAGAAAAACUUAUAAGAUGUAUCAAGUUAAAGGAUUUGGUGGAUAAAGACAAUUCUGAAAAAGAACAUGAAAAAAAAAUUGUUGUUGAAGGUCCUUCAGGUCGUGAAUUUAAACAAGAUUGUUCAUACGAACGACAAAUAUUAAGAUGGAUUGAGAAACAUGGUGUUAAAGGCGUAACACUUUCUGAAAUAUCUCGCGCUUUUAGAUUUACUACUGAUGGUAGUGCAGAAGGUGUUUUAAAAAAGCUAACAAGCUUAAAUUAUUUAACUAAAAGUUAUUGUGAUCGAGGUCGAACAAAAGUUUUUAGUUAUAUUGCUAAUAGCUGUAACAAUGUGCACGAUAAUGAUAUUGAAAUGGAAGAUUUGUCAACACUAAAAAAAGAAAAUGUAGAUAUAGAAAAAGAUUUUAUUGCGGAAAAUAAUUUAUUGACAAAUAGUACUUUGAAUGCAAUAGAAAAUAUAUCUAUUGAAAAUUCAAAUAAGCCAGCUCAAUCAAAUUUAGACUAUGAAAAUCAUGAUUCCAGUCAAAUUUUAGAAACUUCUGAAAAUGUAGAGUCAAUUAAUCAAACUUUAAAUAAAACAUUGAUUAACAUUCCACCUCAAAAAGAAAAUAAUAAACAAUGUGAUAUCGAACAUGCAGUUACACGAGUAAUGGAACUGGAGUAUUGUAAAUCUGUUUAUGAAAAUGCUAGACAAUCAAUUAGUUUGACCGAUAGGUUUUACUUUAGACGAAAUAUCAUAUUCAAAAUGUUUUUAACUGAAAAUUUAAUUAGCUUACUUAAUAUAAAAAAAACUAUUAUUGAAACAGAAAAAAAAAAUCCAAAGUUCAUUGGAACUCUUGAUAUUAAGACAUUAGUUAAGAUUAUUGGUUAUUUUGAAAAAAAGAAAAAACUUAAAUCUGUUCAGUAUCGAGUUACUUAUGAAACCAAAACUGUGAAUUAUUCAUUUGUAGGAACUCCUAGUGUUGAUUUCACAAAUCCAGACACUAUAUCAUACAUGAAUAGUUUUUUGAAUAGAUUUAAUAAUUCAAUGAAAGCAACUAAGGCUAACAAGAAAUGGAAUUUAGUGGUUCAGAAAUCACCAGAACCAAAAAUUAACAUAUCAGAACUGAAGCUUCCUAGGUUUAUGAAAAUGAGAUCAUUGCAUGAAUACCUGUAUUAUUUAGUAUAUGAUCAUCCUGGUGAUAGUUUAUUAAAUGCUUGCGAUGAAACUGAAGCAAUGGUUUCUAGAUAUAGAAGUGAUAUAAGUAAUGGUGAAAAUGCUCAAUUACCAAAAGUUUACUAUCCAAGUGUUAGUUGGAAAAUGUUUGUUCCACCAUUGCCAAAAUAUCCAAAAUAUCCAGAUGGAUGGUUUUUUGUAAGUGAUAUUAUUCAUCACAUGCCGUUAGAACUGAUGCUAAAAAUUGUUAAUUUCAAUAAAUCUAAAGUCAAUCUAGACAAACUUGUCAAUUAUGCUACUCAUCCUGUAUUCAAAUAUUUACCCCUAAUGACACUUUCAUCUGAAGUUCUUUCUAUGCUAUCUCAAGGAUUAAAAAAACACAUUCGAAAUACUUUGAAUGUUUUACGGCUACUCUGUACAAUUGGAUUAAUACAAUUUGGUGAGAAAACAAACAAAGACACAGAAUUAAUUUUUGCUUACUUAAAUAGACGAGCUAGUCUUUUUAACACUGUGAGAAGCAAUCCAGGCUACUAUAGAAUAUCCGAUAUGGAGUAUGAACAACGCUUUUAUGAGUUUUUUAGUAACUAUGAGUUGGAAACAUUUUGGUUGGAUACUUGGUAUUUUUGCACAAAUACACCAUUAGGCUAUAGAAUGUCCAAUGUGUCAAAUAAGCCUAAACGUCGAGAGAUUAUUGAAAGAAGUAAAAUAUCAAUUGAAGAAGCAUGUGUUUCUAGAGAUGUACUUGAAGCAGUGAAUCGAGAUGAUGGGAAAAUACCUGGUGAUAAUAAGGGAGCUGCAGGAUUUGAUAGUCAUUUAUUUGCGCACCUUGCUCGAAAUUGGAGUAUAAAAAAAAAUUCAUCUUCUAUAUCACAUGCAAGAAGAAAAACCAAAUUAAAUCUUUUGCUGAUGCAAAGAGUAAAAAAACAUAAUAGUCGGAAAAAAAAUGAAAAGAAAAAAACUGAAGUAACUAAAAAUCAGUAUAAAAUGAGAUUUAAAUGGACCCCUGUUGAAGAUCAACUCCUUUUGUUUUGGAAAUUGGGUACAAUGGUUAUAAAACAAGUUAAAUCACAAGCAUAUCUUUCUUAUGGUAUAAAAGACAUAAUCAGAUCAAUACUCGGAAAAUACUAUCGAUCAAAGAGUAUUGAUAAUUACUUAAGACGAAUACGAUACUUAAUGCGUUUUUCUUCUAUUGAAUCACAUGUAAAUACUUUGUAUGAUGAGUUAAAGGUUGACAAUGAAAUCGAAAAUAUUUUCAAAAGUGACAUAGAAAAACAACAUGAACUGUAUAAUGCGAAAAAAUAUAAGGCAAUGAGAGACUUGAUUGUUAUAAAUAUUAAACAAUUUAUGAUGAUAUUGCGUGAACGUGGAAUAACAAUUGAUACACAAUGUGUAAAAAAUAAAAAAAAGAAUACAACAAUCUUGCAACCAAUAGAUAUUAAACAAGAAUUUGAUACUGUCUGUAGCAGUAGCAUGUUUAUGUCAGAUGAGCUAGAUGUGGAUUUAAAUUAUACUGACACAAUUGGCAACCAACAGGAUUAUGUUCCAGAGACAAAUUAUAUAUUUACUGUGAACGAAAUUUUUACUUCAGUUGUCAGUUCACUCAUACAUAGCUCAUUGAGUAAUCAGAGUAACGACCCUAGGAUUUCAUUGAGUUACUUACAAGCUUUUAAACAAUAUCCAGAUGAUAUUUUAAAACAAUCAUUCAACGCUAUAAAAGAUGGCAAUAUAAUAACGUGCAGUCAGUAUCACAAAGAAUCGUUACAAAUUUUAUUGUCUACCUCACAUAUUAUACAAUCAAAAACUUAUGAUUAUGGUUCUAAAUUUUUUUCAACAUUGGUCGGUAACACUGACGUUGGGCGCUACAAAGAUGCGUAUAUUGCAUAUUCAGGUAUCAAAGAAGAUUUGUUUAGAUGUAAAAUGUUGUUGUUGUACCCCUCGAGUGGAUUGUGUUCGACACUUACCAGUCUAUCUUUAAUGAAUAUUGUUGAUGUUUCCCUAGAAUUUGAUCAAAAGUAUUUAGAAUACAUGCCUAAUGAAAAUUUAGAUGAAGAGUCUAAAUGUUUAAAAAAUACUCUAAAACGUAUGAGGAGUCGUCAUUUUGAUUUACUGUCAACCAGUAAUGAUUCAGUUGAAUACAUUAAAAUAAUAACUUCUGUUACGAAACAGUUAAAAAAUUAUCAGGUUAUUUGUAAACUAAAACAACCAUUACAGAAAAUCGAAGAAGAAAUUGAUUUUGUAUCAAAACGCUUAUUUAGUCGACCAACAUUUGAACCGGUACUCGAGACCAUUGAUGGAUUGAACGUUUUGUGCAAACGAAUUCUGGAAUUCUGUAGCACCAAAGAACAAUUUGGUGCCUCGCAGCGAGAUAUUAAUAGACAUUUUGAAGAUUUAUCACUUGGUGUUCUUGCAUCAUCCUUGAGAUAUUUGAUUGAUAAAAACUUAAUAUUAAGAGCAGGUGUUGAAGUUCCAGCAUACGUACAUUACCGAUAUGCUGAUUUAUGGCUAGUUAAAAUUCCUAGUGUUAAUUCGUCUAAAUGUUAUAAUUCUGCUAUCAUCGAAGAUGAAAAUAAACUCCUAUCAGAGUUGUCGGAGGAUACAGAAUCUAUGGGUCCACCAUUUAAAAGGAUGCGUGAAGAACGACCAAAAACAAACGUAACGACUGAAACCAUGGAUCGCAUCAAAAUCUUCCCAUGGACAAGAUUGGAUUUGAAGAUCAACAAAGAAUGCCUAGAAAAGUAUUUGAACUCAGUUUUGUCAAAAAUAAUCGUUAAACCAGGCAUUUAUUUAAAAACUCUGAAGAAAGAUUAUUAUCCUAUCAUUCACCCAAUUCAUGUCAGAGAGCUCGUAGAAGUACUCAUUUAUAUUAUUUUCAAUUUUUUUUCAAUAGUAAUAUCGGUUUUUUUUCACCAGAUGCUUGAGGUAAUGAAAUGUAUAAAAAUGAUUUAUAUCAAAAAUAUACGUAAGCCAUCUUUUUUUUCUGAGCCAUCACCUUUAAGCCAUAAACUAAUGUUUUCUGAUGUAAAAGGAUUGGAAGACGAAUCAUUUAUAAUGUUAGAGCCAACAAUUGACUGUGAAAUUAGAUUUGGAUAUUUUUCAAGUAAAUUUAGUUGUUAUGAAAAGUAGAUUUUUAUAUUUUUAAUAAAUAACAAAAUUUUUUUUUUU